AUGACAGGCCCCCACAACAUCCCUCAUUGGGACUACGGAACAUGUGCCAAUGGCAACCGCGCGCCUUCAAGCUCAUCGUCAGGGCUUAUGCUUAGAGAACAUGGAAUUGUAGCCGUUGCCCAGCCCGAGGUGGUGCAAAAUUACCUUUUCCCGAUCAGCGACAUGCUCGCAGACAAAAUUUUGACAUACAGAGAGUCGGUGAAUAAACUAAUGGAUGCAGACACUACGGCAGAAAAACACAAGCUACUGAUAAUUGCCGGUCCGACGACCAUAACGAGCCCGAUCCAGUCCAAAUUCUGCGCUCAGUGGAUCUCUAAACUUUGCGGAAAACGGAUAUACAAUGCCGUGGUUCCCUCAAGCGAUAAGAUCCCAACUAAACUCGCAGACACAUUACAAGACAUAUACUCAGAGGAGCUGGACUGCUCCGGGUCUGUGAUGCUGGCCAUGAGGGCCAACUUCACCGACUAUGACCAGGGUGCCGGUCCUGUCAGACAAUCCAAGGAAGUGAUGUACGGGUUGCCGCUCUACCGAACUCUGAUGCACGAAUUGGCUAAAUUUUGUCCAUUGACUGUGAGUCUGUCCAAUACAAUUUCCCCACAGUAUUUUUCGGACUUGUGCUGUCUCGGACUUGUGGAUUCGUCUCUUCUAGAAAGCCAGCUUCACAGAGAACUGGUUUCUGGGGUGUCGUAUCCAUGCGGAUUCCAGAUCACGGAGUGCGACAACUACAAGGUCGGCAAGGGCGUGGAGGCAAUGUAUGCGUCUAGCUUCCCGCACAGUUUUCUCACAAUCACCAAGAACGGAUCUGUGGCACAGGUGGAGACGACCGGCAACCAGGAUACGUUUAUUGUGUUGCAGAUGGCGGACGAUAUUGCAGACUCCAAUUUUUUCAAGCUGCUUGCUGCUGCAGGCGAGGAUUGUGCAAAUGGUAGCAGGCUCCGGGUGGUUGUUGACGUGGGCGAGCUGCAUCUAGCAAAUUAUGAAAGAAAAACUGCCUUGGUGCUACAAUUGAUCCAGACACAGAGAUAUUAUUCAGGAUUGCUCGGGUUCAUUGUUGACUCCGGCAAUGUGUACUUACCGGAAGAGGCGCAACUUGAGGAAAUAAAUCCGAUGGUGUACGACCGGCAAGAGUUUGUGCAAUUCAGCAACUUAGGACAGAAACUGAUCAACAAGAGCGACAAAUCGGCAGGCGAGACCCAGAAAGAGGACUACGUGCAGUUCAUCCUUGCACAUAGUCUCAUACGCACGAUUGUCGGAGUAAAUAGCUGA